AACGUCAACGUCAAAGUGCACUAAUUUGCUGAGCUAAAAGGACAAGUCAUUUCGAUUGAGAAAAACCAGUGAAAACGUGAAGCGCUCUAAAGUCGAUCAAUUGUUUCCUAACUUAAAUAAUCGCGAUUUUCUUAAGUCAAGUCAUAAUGAGGCCUAGAACGGAAAUGAAUCUGCAGACCAGCAUUUGGAUUAACAAGAACUUUGAAUCGACGUUGCUGAGCUCUACCAAGCCGGUGCCUUCUGGUUCGGCUGACUUCCGUGCCACGGGUUCUGCGAAGGGCAACCGGAAGGGGAAAAAGGCUGCGACCUAUUCGCGCUUCAGUCGCUCCGAUCGAGCCGCCGAGGAGCUGGCCCGUCAAUUUGCCAGCUUGUCCGUGAAGCCAAACGACGCUGUGGCUGCCAGCGCGAAUGAGCCGUUCUUCGCCAGCAACCUGAAGUACUAUCCCCACCUGCCGCAGCCCGCUUGGGUGGGCCACUACCAGACCUAUGCCGAAAUCAAGGCGCUCUGGCUGGAAGGUAAUUACUCGCAACUUCGUGGCCCCAUCCCACCGUUGGCGCGUUCGCGUCGUGAUAAUCCCUUUGCCCAUGAGGUCCCGGAUGAGCCACCGAAGCCAGCUCCGAACCGCCGCUACUCGGUGAACCGCCGCAAUGGCGCCCGCACUGGCAAGCCAGUGCCCAGUUUGGUCUUUACGGUCCAGAACCAUUUGCCAAGUGAAGCCCAUCCGGAGGUCCAGAUGCAGCAGGAGCAGCCAGUGCAGGAUCUAAAGGAGGAGGGCGGCUCCUCCAUCAAACCAGCUACUUCGAUCUCGAAGGGCGCAAUCCCGAAGCAGCCCAAGAAGUCCUACAAGAAAUGGGAGGACUAAUAAAUCUAGCGGGCUGAGAGC